AUGGCCACUCUCUUCCGCAAGCGCUGUCCCUGGCAAAAGUUUAGUGAGCAGUGCCUACUGGAGUCGCAGGACUCCUGCUACCCGGAGGAGCAAUAUUUACAGACACCGCUCGACGUGACCGACCCCGCCGGCUGCACCUGGUACACGCUCACAUGCAUCAACUAUACUGACAGUGUCGACGGUGACCCACAGACUUAUGGCGUGCCAGAGGUGUCGCUGCUGCUCACUGCCAAGCAACAUCAGUCCAACAACUCCACCUAUGAGCAAAUGUUCGCGCGCAAGUUUGCGCCUGACUGCCUUGGCCCGCUCAUGGUCAUCGCGUACACUGUCAUCUUCAAAGAUUGA